UUGAUACUUUGAAAGAAGACAUCGCAUUUACAGUCUCUCGGCACCCGGAGGCCACUUUAGUGUUCAUUUGGAGAUCUCCAAGGAUCCGCGCUCGGUGCGUGUGGGAGAUGAGCAGUCCCGAUGCCGGCUAUGCCAGUGACGACCCGAGCCAGACCCGUGGCUCCAGCUCAGUCAUGAUGCCCGGCAUGAGGCAGUGCGCGUGGGCGAACCCGCUCAGUCCGCUAGCCGAACCCAAAACCAAGAGCGAGACGUGUCCGGCUGCCGGUCCCGGGCGCGCGAAGACCGAGGCGCGCAUCCGCAGGCCGAUGAACGCUUUUAUGGUGUGGGCGAAAGAUGAGCGCAAAAGGCUGGCGCAGCAAAACCCGGAUCUCCACAACGCGGAGCUCAGCAAAAUGCUCGGUAAGUCAUGGAAAGCUUUACCCAUGGCGGACAAGCGUCCGUUCGUCGAGGAGGCCGAUCGUUUACGAGUGAAACACAUGCAGGAUCACCCAAACUACAAGUAUCGGCCACGGCGUCGCAAACAGGUGAAGAGAAACAAACGUCUGGACUCUGGCUUCUUGUUGCCGGGCAUAACAGAUACUCAGACUGCUCUGGGCAUGGAGGGCAUGGCAGGGGGUUAUUCAGGACUUCCUCCGUACUGUGAGCCCCAAAGCUUGUUCGAGACCUACAGCCUGCCCACGCCCGACCCCUCACCAAUGGACGCCGGGGCGACCGAAUUCUUCAACCAUCUGCAAGACGAACAGAACCAGUCAACAUACAGCUACCAUCACCCUCAAGAGUUCUCCCUUCAGGAACAAAGCCACGCCAACACACACUCCCACCCGAGCGCCCGCUGCCAAGGCCCUCCUCACACCAACCCCGAUCCCCACAGAAACACACAGCUCAACCUGAUGAACACCACACACCCACAGCAUCUGAACGUCCACCUCCAGAGCGCUCAGAACACCAACACGUCAAUAUCUCUGUUCAACCGAAGUCUUUCCCCACCUUCUCAUCAAAGCACGCCCUCUGCUUACCUGAGCUGCCCGUCCUCUCUGGGUGUCUUCUACGGUACCAAGCGCUCCUAUGAGGAAUCGUCACUUCCUGUCGGCGGGCGAUCGCAUGCGCAGCCCGACGGGCACUCGCAGGUUCCUGUACAGACACAAAGUCAAGGCCAAUGUGAAAUGGUGAAUGAGAUGGACAGCAAUGAGUUUGAGCAGUACCUCUCGUAUGGGGUUCCCCAUGGAGCUCUGCAGGGGUCAGACCUGAUCUCCAAUGUACUGUCUGAUGCCAGCACUGCCGUAUACUACUGCGGCUACAAUCAUUCAUAAACGCUUUUGAUCAAAUGACCUGUAAAGAGCUAAAUCAGCUAUCCAUGAAACCCCACAAAUAUCAAAGGCCUUAAAACGUUUCAAUUGUUUGUCAUUUGUUGCUUCAAGUCAGCAUGACAUUUGCUUUUUUAAUACACGUUCACAGGUGAUGAGUUUUAACCCUCUGCUUUUAGAUUCAAAUAUAAAUAUAUAAAAAAGCACUGUAAAUAUCAUUACCAUAAAGUAAACAUGUACAGUAAUUUCCUUAUGGUGUGAUUUUCUGUAUAA